AUGUACUCUGAAUCUUCUAGAUCUGCUUUAAGCAUGUUACUCUUAUGUGUCUCCACAGCCACUACUGCAACAGCAGGGUUUCUGUGGAACAAGAAACAGAGUGUCAAGGAGAUGGGACAGAUUCAAGCCAUAGACGCAUCCACGCCGAUAACUACUUCACCAAGCGCAUGCUACUCCGGUGGUGAUCAAGAGCUUGAAAGCCUUCCCCAUUGGUCCUUUGUGGAAUCCACAAAGGUGCACUAUGACAGAAGACCUGAUCUUAAAGGAAUAUUGUCUGAUUGUGAAGGUUCAAGCAUUGGGAUCCUCGUUAGUGGCCCAAGGAGGAUGAGGCAAGAAGUGGCUGCAGUAUGUUCAUCGGGCUUGGUGAACAAGAAUUUACAUUACCAUUCCAUGAGCUUCAGUUGGUAA